AUGGUCGCCAUUCCGGGUGGGCAACAGGACGUUAAAGUCAUGCUGAAGUAUACCCAGGAGGAGAUGCUGUCAAGGUGGAAGAGUGAGCCGAAGCUACCGGACGUCAUGAGCCACCUCUUUGCUCCAUACCAGACGGGUAAAAAGCCGUGGGAUGAGAGCGCCAUCAACUUGAUGGCGGGCGAAUCUCACCUGCUGAUCAAUGCAGGAAGCCCCGAUUUUAGUGACACGACUCGGACUACUCUUGCAUGCGCCUUGUUUGAACUCACCAAGCAGCCCGAGUACAUCCGGAAGCUUCGCCAAGAGCUAGACCCCUUCUACCCGGGGCCAGUGAUGAACUCACAGACAGCCAAAUCACCAACGUUGAUCUUCUCCAUGGCAUCAUCUGGGAAGCUCUUCGCUUGUCCUGCCCAACCCCAGUCACCCCACGAGAACGAAAGCAUCUAUCCCAGAGCCAGCGAGUUCAUCCCCGAACGCUGGUACAGCUCUCCAGAGCUGGUCAGGGACAACAAGGCCACGGUGCCCUUCUCCAUCGGCCCGUACGACUGCAUCGGCAAGCCUCUGUCUAUGAUGAACAUCCGCGUCACCCUGGCGCGCAUCCUCAAGCGCUACGACCUGAGCUACGCCCCGGACCGCGCCGACCCGCAGGCCGAGUUCGUGGACAUGAGUGACCAUUUCACGCUGCAGGCCGGUCCGCUGUAUCUGCGCCUGGAAGGGCGACAGUAG